GCUCUUUGUUUAUUAUUUUCAUUUAUUUACUAAAACUACAUAUCUGCAAUGUCGAGCAGCAAUCGAAAGCGUGCGGCAAACAGCAGCAGCAGUGACGACGAACCGGAUAGUGAGGAGGAGCAACGUUUGAAGGACUUACGGGAGCGCGAUGAAUUCGCGAAUCGUUUGAAGGAGCGCGAUGAGGAACGUACACGUAAGGUGGUGGAGGCGACCGGCGGGCGAAAGGCCAUCGAGGAGGCGACCAAGCGUUUGAAGUUGGAACAUGAGGAUCGGGACAAAAUACUGCCACACCUGCGUGUGCAAUCGCGACGACAGUACCUGGAGAAACGCAAAGAUGACAAAGUUGCGGAACUGGAGGCAGACAUACUCGAUGACGAGUAUCUAUUUGAUGACAGUGUUUUGACUAAGCGGGAACGCGAGGAGCGGAAAUACAAAAAGCAGCUGUUGAACAUUGCCAAGGAGCAUGAAAAGGCACGCGAAUUGGAGCGCAUACAGCGCUAUCACAUGCCGCAAGACAUGAAGAAGGGCGAGCGCUCUGAGUACGUGGAGGUGGAUGAAUUUGAGAAGCAACCGAACUCUGAGCAGAAGAAAUGGGAAGCUGAACAGCUCGCUUCGGCACGUUUUCAAUUUGGUGCCAAGGAUGCCAAAGCAGAGGAAGAAUAUGAACUGCUGCUGGAUGAUCAAAUAGAUUUCAUACAGGCGCUAACGCUCGAUGGCAAUCGUGAGAAGAGCUCCAAGCAACCGGAACUAACCGAGAAAGAACGAAAGCGGCUCACCUUGGAGGAAACGCGCAAAUCGCUGCCCGUCUAUCCAUUUAAAGACGAUCUUAUUGCUGCUGUGAAGGAGCAUCAAGUGCUGAUUAUCGAGGGCGAAACGGGUUCAGGUAAAACAACGCAAGUGCCGCAGUAUUUGGUCGAAGCUGGCUUCACAGAGGAUGGUAAAAUGAUUGGCUGUACGCAGCCCAGACGUGUGGCUGCCAUGUCUGUGGCGGCGCGCGUAGCCGAGGAAAUGGGCGUCAAGCUGGGCAAUGAGGUAGGCUAUAGCAUACGUUUCGAGGACUGCACAUCGGAGCGCACUAUUUUAAAAUACAUGACCGAUGGUACGUUGCAUCGUGAGUUUCUUUCGGAACCGGAUCUGGGCUCCUAUAGCGUCAUGAUCAUUGACGAGGCCCACGAGCGUACACUGCACACAGACAUUCUGUUUGGAUUGGUCAAGGAUAUUGCAAGAUUUCGACCGGAAUUGAAACUGCUGAUUUCCAGUGCCACGCUCGAUGCGGAAAAGUUCUCAGCAUUCUUUGAUGAUGCACCCAUAUUCCGAAUCCCCGGCCGACGGUACCCCGUGGAUAUAUUCUACACGAAAGCACCAGAAGCAGACUACAUUGAUGCCUGCUGUGUGUCAGUGUUGCAGAUUCACGCUACCCAGCCAUUGGGCGACAUUUUGGUGUUCCUUACCGGCCAGGAUGAGAUCGAAACGUGUCAGGAAGUGCUGCAGGAUCGUGUGAAGCGCUUGGGUUCCAAAAUACGUGAGCUCAUCGUCAUACCAGUCUAUGCCAAUCUUCCCAGUGAUAUGCAAGCCAAGAUUUUCGAACCCACGCCACCCAAUGCCCGUAAAGUUAUAUUGGCCACGAACAUAGCAGAGACUUCGCUAACUAUAGAGAACAUAAUUUAUGUAAUUGAUCCCGGCUUUGCUAAGCAGAACAAUUUCAAUUCGCGCACAGGCAUGGAAUCUUUGAUGGUGGUGCCUAUAUCGAAGGCUUCGGCAAAUCAACGCGCAGGCCGUGCUGGUCGUACGGCUCCUGGAAAGUGCUUCCGUUUAUACACCGCCUGGGCGUAUAAACACGAGCUGGAAGACAACACAGUGCCGGAGAUACAGCGCAUCAAUUUAGGAAACGCGGUGCUCAUGUUGAAGGCAUUGGGCAUCAAUGAUUUGAUACAUUUCGACUUUUUGGACCCGCCUCCGCAUGAGACAUUGGUCUUGGCCUUGGAACAGCUUUAUGCGUUGGGAGCGCUCAAUCAUCAUGGGGAACUGACCAAGCUGGGGCGACGCAUGGCUGAAUUUCCGGUGGAUCCUAUGAUGGGCAAAAUGCUGUUAGCCAGCGAAAAAUACAAAUGCUCUGAGGAAAUGGUAACCAUAGCGGCUAUGUUGUCGGUGAAUAGCGCCAUCUUCUAUCGACCGAAGGAUAAAAUUAUACAUGCAGAUACGGCGCGCAAAAACUUCAAUGAUAUACAUGGCGAUCAUCUGAGUCUGCUGCAGGUGUAUAAUCAGUGGGCCGAGACGGAUUACAGCACCCAAUGGUGCUAUGAGAACUUUAUACAGUAUCGGUCGAUGAAACGAGCACGAGAUGUGCGUGAGCAGCUGGUGGGUCUGAUGCAGCGAGUUGAAAUUGAUAUGGUCAGUUGCCUGCCCGAGACCGUAAAUGUGCGGAAGGCUGUAACCGCCGGAUAUUUCUAUCAUGUGGCCCGUUUGUCGAAGGGCGGUCAUUACAAGACCAUUAAACACAAUCAAACUGUUAUGAUACAUCCCAAUUCAUCGCUGUUCGAGGAGCUACCACGUUGGGUGCUUUACCAUGAGCUGGUCUUUACCUCCAAGGAGUAUAUGCGUCAGGUUAUUGAGAUUGAAAGCAAGUGGUUACUGGAAGUGGCACCACAUUAUUACAAGGCUAAGGAAUUAGAAGAUAGCACAAAUAAAAAAAUGCCCAAGAUUGCGGGGCGUUCGGAGAUGACACAAUAGUAGGCGUUAAUAAAUAUUUUAUACACAUAGA